AUGGAUGUACGGAUUCUCUACUUGACGAACCCCCCGCGGGAUCUGCGGCUCUCUGAAGAAGAACGACAGAAAGCCUUUACCGUUACGAUUCCAUUAGAGAAGAGAAGUGAUGGUCAUUUCACCGCAACCGCGCGGACUGCAGUGAAGACCGUCCAUCAGCGGCUGCAGCUGCAGAUGCGGGAAAGUGCGCUGCUGCUCAGUCUUCACGGUAUCGUACUCGACCCGCAGGAAGAUAUUGCGGAUUUAAUAGCCGAUCUCCCAUCCGGCACCCGUAGUCGUGUGGUCUUUCUUCUUUCUCCACAAACAUUGGAAAAUGUUGAGAAGGAGAAUCAACAAGAAGAAAGAGAAGAAAAAGAAGAGGAAAUGAAAGAAAAGAAAAAAGGAAUUCAGGUGAAAAGAGGAGGGGUAAUGUUUGCCGAGACAUCAUCUCCAUCUAUGGAGGCCACAGUCCUCACAUCUGUGGAUCCUCAUAAAAUGUAUUCCUCUCAAUGGGAAGAAGAAGGAGAAGGAGAAGAAUCCUCUUCACAUCAUCGACAACAAUAUCAAUAUCAAUAUCAAUAUCAACAACAAGAGUCUCACACAAUAAAAACAACAAAAACAAAAACAAAAAAAACAAAACUAUUAUCGUCGUGUGUGUUUAGGGAAUCUUGGUUAAAUCCACGACGAUGUGUUCGUUGCGGUGCGGUGCGAUCACAACAUCGAUUGUUUACCCCAACACGGCAAGAACAACUCCAGGAGGGAAUGAUAACACCCAGAGAAGGACUCCGCCGUCGUCCUUUACAAGAAGCAUCACAACAAUCAUUCCCACUCUCAACAUCACAUUCUAGUAUAGUGAGAAGUCCACAUGUUUACAAUAAUGAAACAGUGGAAGAAAAAGAAAAUAUGCCAAAUAACAUUGCAUAUACAUCAACAUAUUAUUAUGCCGAUCCACGUCAGUGGAAACCACAGCGAGACCAACGUUAUCAUCCAAUGGUAGAAGCAUGUGAUGAUUUCCUCAGUUCCUGGGGAAAUCCUAAUUUAUGUUGUCGUUGUCAUCGAAGAAAAGAUGCCCAUCCUCGAGAGGUUCAGCACACAACUCCACAAAAAGCAUCAUUCUCUCUUAAACGAUUUCACAACUCCUCUUCUUCUCCUUCACAUUACAAGAAGAAUGGUACUUCCUCACCAAGACGUAUUCGUGUAGCAUGUGAACUUUUCACCCCUUUAUGGAAUAAUAAUGACUACUGUUCAACCUGUUAUAUAGAUCGGGCUAAUCAUACAUUAGAAUCACAGCAACGUUCUUCAUUUAUUCAAGCGUCCCCUAAACGUUCACUCUUUUCACCUAAUAGACGAAAUAAACCCCAAAUGACAGACUGGCUCUCCACUUCUCCAUCAGGGAAACAGGAAUCUAUUCAUCCUAGCAAGAUCAAACAGCAUUCUACCACUGUUUCCUCAUCAUCAGGGCGAAGAAGUCAAACGAAACAUUUUGUAAAGAUGCCUUCUCUUGCUGUUGCUCCUGCUAACACUACUACUACUACUACUAAUAGUGUUAAUGUUAGUAAUCUUUCUCAUCAUCCCCCUUCGUCUUUUUCUUAUUCGCCUUCCUCAUCUGUCUCUAUCAUUGGUUGCUCGGUAAUUCCAACACCGCAGCAGGUGCUAAGUUACUCUAGACAUCCCUCUACUGCGGUGGGAUCUUCUGUGAUAAAAGACUCUGUCGUAACGACAUCCCCAAGAAGAAGUGGAAAUAACUCUUUCUCUAAACGAGAAAUACCAUGGACUAUUGUACUUCAAUAUCUAACUUUAGAUGGGCUCUUAGUAUGUCGACAGGUCUGUUCAACUCUGCGCACUGCGGCUAUUCCUCUUAUUCGUGCAAAUUUAAGGUAUAUUAUAGACAUACUUGAUGUACCUCAACAAAAACGGGAAAUACUUGCAGAAUGUGCUGAUCUUUACGCCUCAUUAUUUAUGAAAGUCAUACAUCGAAAAAACUUGUCGUUUGAACCACUUGAUGCUCCCACGGGUAUACUCUCUUUUUUUCAUCAUUCUGUCUUGGAGCUUUUCCAGGCGACACAGGUGUUAAACGCUAACGCAGAAGAUGCGUAUACAUUAGUGAAGGAACAAUUGAAAAGGUUGGGAUUGAAGAAAGAGAAAGGAAACCAGUAUAGAGAUCAUUGUGUUCCUUCACCUUCCAGAAUGGCUAUGGCUAUUGCAAGAGGCGAUACAUUGAUGAAUGACGAGUUUAAUGAAGAGGAUGAACUCACUUACUACAAUGAUGAUAAUAAUAAUAAUAAUAAUAAUAAUAAUAAUAAUAAUAAUAAUAACAAUAAUAAUACUAAUGACAUGGAUGGUGUGAGUUCUUUAAUCCAAAACGUGGCAUGCUGUGAUACUUCCUCGCUUCCAGAGAAGGUAUCACAUUGUAUCCGAGAUGCUUUUGAGGAAAUUGCCAUUCUAGCUGCGUCAUCACUUGUUCGUCUAAGUAAAGAUGGUAAAUUAGAUGAUCUUGAUUUUCAUGUACGAAACACCCGGUUUAUGUCACUUGGUGAAUUUUUUGAAGAAAAUGCCCUUAUGCCUAUUGUUGACUUUCUCCAUGCUGUAGAAGUAGUGGUAAGACUAAAAUGGAAAGCUCGAAGGUGUUUAGAGAGGUUACAUAAAGUAUAA